AUGCCCCGGGCUCGAAGAAGCGCCACGAGGAAGCGGAGCAUGAGUGCUCGGUCCGGCCCCGGGGCCGUUCCCAAAGAUGCGGUGCAGCUUGCCCCGGUUAAGGCUCUCAAGACUGGGGCACGCUGCACGCCGCACACGGCGCCGCAGCCCCAUCCUGUUGUGGAUCUCGAGGCGGCGGCCGCGAGGCUACGGGAGGCCCUGGCUCGAGGGGCCCGGGUGGCGCAGCAGGCCCGGACACAGGAGGAGGGCGACGCUGGCCAGAGUGGCGCCGAAGCAGCUGCUCAGGCUGACGACGCCGAGGAGACCAGCCGGGGUGGUGCCGGUGGCGCCGCCCAAGUGGCCAUUGAAGUUGAGGCCGGUCAGGGCGACGCGGCCAGCGUCGCCCGACCGGAUACGGAGGGAGAAGCUAGCGGGGAUGCGCAGGAGCGCCCUGCCGGCCAAGCAGCAGAGGAGACCCUCGUCUUCAAGCCCUCGAGGGCCGAGGGUGAGGGCCUCGCAGAGGACACGGCGCAAGAGGCGCCAGAGGCGCAAGUGGCGCCAGAGAGCUGA